AUGGAGUUCCACGGGACUCCCGCGGGACUUCUGCCGGGAGUCUCGAUUAGGGGUAGUUAUUGUUAUAUGGAGGCAUGGAUCUUUAAUCGAGGUGAAUUUUUACUGUUUUUACCAUUGCUGUUGCGAAUGUUUCUUCGUAACAAUGAUGGUAAUAUUGAGUGUGUUGACGAUGUUUCUGAUUCACUUAUAUUGGAUGUUGUCGCUGCUGUUGACUCUCUUGAAUAUCUGACUGUGGUUGAUGAUCUUGGAAAAAAUAUUUAUUGUUAUGUUCUAAAUACAGAAAAGGAACUUUGA